UGGCAGCCCCGCAGCUGUGAUUUGUAAAAAGUAAACAAAUCGAAUAAUGUUUGCCGGUCGUUUGCUCGCCCGUGUGAGCCGCCAGAAGGCACGUUUGGCCACAAUUGGAAGCUGGCCAAUGCCCCAGGAGCUCGCCGGCCAUGUGAUCUCGACCAGGACACCGGCGUCAGGCAGUAGAUCGAUCCAAAUCGCGGAAUGCAGCGCAAGCCGGCGGUUUUUCAGCAGCCAAAUUGAGACGGAAUCCACGCUGGACGCUGCCACCUACGAACGAGUGUGCUCCGACACCCUGGAUGCUCUGUGCGACUACUUCGAGGAGCUGACGGAGAACGCCUCGGAGCUCCAGGGCACCGACGUGGCCUACGGGGAUGGCGUGCUCACCGUGAACCUGGGCGGCAAACACGGCACCUAUGUGAUCAACCGGCAGACGCCCAACAAGCAGAUCUGGCUCAGUUCGCCCACCAGCGGUCCCAAGCGAUUCGACUUCGUGGGCACCGUGGCGGCGGGCAGGUGGAUCUACAAGCACAGUGGUCAGUCGCUGCACGAACUGCUGCAGGAGGAGAUACCCGGCAUACUGAAGGCCCAGUCCGUGGACUUUUUGCACUUGCCCUACUGUAGUUGAACCGGGAGUUGCUCCCACCAUAAAGUCUGUUGAAACCCUUGAUCUGA